GCACAGAGAUGGAUGCAAGGGACUUGGUCCCAAUUGUCGUGGAAGACUUUAAGAAAAUAGAUUACAGCAAAUGGCAGAGGAUAGAAGCAAAGGAGAAGAAAUCUUCAGCCCCCAAGUUGACUUUGCCACCCAUCACAAACGAGGGCAAGAAGAAGAAAGGGAAGAAAAGCAAGCCAGUUACAUUGAUGUUGAAUAAAAAUCCACCCUUGCCUUCGAAGACAUUAUCUUCCCAAGAGAAAUAUGGAAGUUUUACUCAGAGGAAAUUGUCACUGAAGGAGACUGAAUUAACUAAAAAUUUGGAAGAUGUCAAAACUAUCAAGCAUCUGACCAAGUUGAAGAUAAAUUUCAUAGAGGAGCUGAAGCAGCACAGUGCCUACCUGGCAGAGACCAACCGCAGGUUGGUUGAGGACAUUCAGCACACUGAUGACCACACUGCCAAGCAAGCCAGAGACCUGCUGCAGCAAUAUGAAGCAUUUGGGAAGGUCAAGGCAGCGAUGCAGAACUUCACUCAGAGCCGGCUGGAUACAGCAAGAGCAGAAUUCCGAGAAAUGGAAGAAAAAAUGGAAAAGAAUCUGGAAAAACUACAGCAGCAGCUGGAUAAAGCCACUUCAAAGGUACAGGUUCUCCAGGACGAGCUUCACAUGCUGCAGACCUACAUGGACAGAGAGUAUCCAGCAAAAGCUGUCCAGAUAGCCUUUCUGCUGCGCAAGAUCCAGAGCCUGAAGGAGCAACAGCAGUACGAGAUAGAUGAGACAGAAGCACUGGGGAAAGCCCUCCUGGAGGAACUGGAAGCAAAGCUGCGGGUGGAACAGGAGGAGCUAUUGGAGAGAGUCAUGGAGGAGAUGUUACUGCAUCAGGAUGGCCUGAAGCAGAUGGUUAUGAACAAUCACAUUCUGCAAUGUGAAGUACAGGGGCAAAGGGAGAUUAUUAAAGACCUGGCAGAGGAGAUCAGUGAGCUGAAAAGAAGCAUCCAGACACUUCAACAGAGUGCGGGAGACCCAAGAGAGCUCAUCUUUGCUGAUGUUCUUCUCCGCAGACCCAAGUGUACACCGGAUACUGAGGUUGUCCUCAACAUCCCCACGGAGGGGACAUCUCUCAUCUAGUGCCAGGCCGGGCCUCGCUCACACGGCCGUCACCCAGAACACGUCUCGGCCAGGUUUGGAUGAGGUUCUGUGCCGCAGAGCCCUCCCCUUUCCCCUCAGCUCUUCUUCAUCCCAGCCCUGCUCAGCUUCUUUGAGGACUCACUGGAAUAAGGUGGAGUAAGAAGGUAGAAUCCUAUAAUCUUCGCUGCUGAGCCGCACUGGCUGCGCUCUGUGUUUACAGCAUUCUUGUUGGAAGGAAUAUGCUGCAAGACUCAGGAAUAUGCUGCAAGACCCAUGACAACAGCUCUUGGUGAGGCAUUUCCAGCUUUCCUCACACCCAGAGCCCUUCGUGCCAGUGUGGUAACAGCAAAGGAGUCGCAGCUAAAGGCAAAACGGGCCUUUCCCUCCCUGUGGCCUGAGUGCUAUAAGAGAUCUGCGGACUGGCCUUAGUGCCACAAAGCCUGUCAGCCGAACUGACAUCCCAGUGCGGGGCUGGACUGGCGUCCCAGGCUGGGGCCUGUGCUCACAAAGUUCGGGGCCAGCGUGAGCAGUGCUGGCGGCAGGCGGCCGUCCCCGGCAGCACGCUGCGCUCCUGCAUUGCGCUGCAGGAG